CUCCUGGGGUAUUUGAGUAGUGAUUGGUGUUACCAUCUGUCUUCUCCACCUACGUCACUGACCUUUAUAAAGUAGUCUACUGAGUUUAAUUCAGUGUCAGAUUAGAGAAUAGAGUUUUGGAGAAAAGUCAACGCAUACAUAUAGUUAGUAGAACUUCAGGUUUGGGCGACACAUCUCGGGUUGGCAUACAUCCCCUGUAUGCACAAAGUUUAGGAGUUGCUUUUGAAAGUGAGUUGCGACUGCGGGUGACAUCCAGUCACCACGGACGGCACCUUAUAAACAGACCGAUUGGAUGCCAGACGCUCUUCCUUGAGAACGGUAGAGAUAUUCCUGUUGACGGGUACCACUCGUGCUCAGCAUCCCAAACUGAGUUUACUUGGCAACUUUCAGCUAGUGAACGAUCAUUCUCACAAGCGGGUUGAAUUGGUGAAAUAAAUAGCAGAAACUAUGCCCAGCAAAAGUGAAGAUAAUCGGCCAAGACUCUGCCUGCUGGAGAAAGGGGACAAUGGUUAUGGGUUCCAUCUCCACGGUGAGAAGGGUAAGACCGGGCAGUUCAUACGGCUUGUGGAGCCCGACAGUCCGUCGGAAACUUCUGGGGUUCGCGCGGGGGACCGACUGGUGUUCGUGAACGGGGAGAACGUGGAGAGCGAGAGCCAUCAACAGGUUGUGUCCCGGAUAAAAGCCACGGUGGGCCAGCUCGAGCUCAUUGUUGUCGACCAGGACACUGAGCAACUGUUGAAAAAACACAAGAUGAAGUGUCUCAAAGAAUAUGUCACGGAGCCCAUUCCUUUACCCAGCGACGACGAGUCAGAAAGCGAAGACGUUAAGGAGAACGGGACACCAUGCGGGACACCGAGAGAAUCCACACCCAUCCCGGGAAAUAACGGAGAUCACCAUGGCCACGUAGAGCUCCAUAGCCAUGUUGAGAAAAAGCUAAGCAUCAACUCUGAGAAGGACGUGCAGAGUGAGCUGAGGCCGCGUCUGUGUGUGAUCAAGAAGGGGCCUCAUGGCUACGGCUUCAACCUGCACAGUGAGAAGGCCAGACCAGGCCAGUACAUCAGAGCAGUGGAUGAGGAUUCACCUGCACAGAGGUCAGGCCUGCUGGCCAAGGACAUGAUAGUACAGGUGAAUGGUAUGACAGUGGAGGGGAAGCAGCACUCGGAGGUGGUGGCAGCCAUCAAGUCUGGUGGUGAGGAGACCUCUCUACUGGUUGUGGACACAGACACAGAUGCCUUCUUCAGGAGGUGCAGAGUCGCUCCCACCCCAGAACACAUCACAGGAUCUUUGCCUGAGCCUGUCGUCAACGGAGACAUGGAAAAGACGGUGAAUGGAAAUGGAAAACUGGCCAAAGAGGUGGAACAGGACUCUAAGCUGUCAAUCAGUCCGUCUCCAAGCAACACCUCCUCCAACGCCUCACUCACAACGCCGCCCACAGAGUUGUCUGAGCCAGUGAUCAUGGGCGCCAUCCCGGGUCUGAACCUGUCCCUGCAGCAGGUUAAGGAGCGUGCUCACCAGAAACGCUCCAACAAGAGGGCCCCGCCCAUGGACUGGAGCAAGAAAAAUGAACUGUUCAGCAACCUGUAGAUAGAGCACCUCGCCCUGCACACACCCACAUACAGUAGAUACUCACAGAGAGGUCAGUGAAGGAGAGAGAGGGAUGGAGAGAGAGAAGGGUUGUUCUAAGCCCCAUGUUUUCUAUGACUCAUUAAAACCAGCAGUUUAACUAUUGGUGAGGGAGAAUACAGGUAUAUGUAUGUAAAAUAUAUACACAGAUAUUUGUAUUAUAUUCCAGAUGUUAUAAAUGAUGUGCUAACAAUAUCUAGACGAAAAUGCCAAUGUUGGAAAGGAAACAGCUACAUCAGAUAAGAAUCUUUGUAUUGUGAUUUGAAAUCAGUUCUUAAUUAUUCCAUUUCACGUGUCGAAAUGGUUGUGUGUGUGUGUGUCUUGUACCUGGGUGUAUAUGCCCAAAAGACCCUGGAAGUCCCUGCUGGUCAUAGCCUGGUGCCUGUCGGUAUAGUGGAGUAGGUCUCUCUUAUGGCCAUUCCUCUACACCUUAAUCAGUCAUUGAAACACAUGAAACAAUAUUUUUGAAUGGGACCAGACACUUACAUACCUGUCUAGUAUAUCACCUUUCAGGGACCAAAUAGCAAGCCUCUUCACACUUCCAGUCAGAUGCAAAUGUCUUUCAUGUAGCUGAGCUUUGGGUCAGUCGAGCUUCAGAAGAAAUUGGCUUCUGACUGGAAGUGUGCGGAGACUUUCUCAUGUUUCUCCAGUUUUUGCCUUCAGCACCUUCAUUAAUCAGCUCUGGGUGUGUGGUAGAUUCUAUUAUCUACAAACCUUUUAGGGACCAAAACACCUGAAGAACGACAACCACUGACAGUCAGUCAGUCAUUGGGGAACGACAUGUUGGUGCAGUGUCCAUCCAUACCAGUCUUACUUCAGUAAAUGUGAAGGCUGAAAACCUUAUAGCAUUGCCAUUACCACUGUAUAUUGCGAUACUUUUAAUUUCAGAGUUUUUCUUUAUGGCCAUUGUCAAAAUGCUUUGAGGUUUUUACGUUUACGUAGAUGUACUUAAACACCAUUUCUUUCUUUAAUAAGAAUAUAAAUGUCUGCGCUUCACUAAAUGUUAUGUGUAUGUUCAGUAUGGAGAAUGACAGUGAGAUUCACUAUUUUGACUAUUGAAUUGUAUGGGGGUGUUAUCAUGCUCUUUAACUGUUCAUGUUAUUUCUAUACUGUAUUAAAUUGUAGAUCUCA